UUCAGAAAACAGAACAAAUUUUCAGAAAUUUUUAUAAAGUCUUUCCACAUUAUUUGCAUUCAAUGUCAGCCCCUUGACUGUCUAAAUUGUUUAGGUACUCGCAAUCUUUUUGCUUUUUAUUAAUUCUCAGGCAACGAUGACUGCAUUAAAAAAAAAUUUUAAGUCGAAGAAGAUCUCCAAUCAAAACAAAAGUUGCAUUGAUACUAAAAGCCUAUUGCCCAAGCCCCCAAGGAAAAGCUUCCGAAUUGGCGAAAUCAUCAAGGAUCCCGCAUCACUAAAGUCAUCCAUAGACAAUCCAAACAUAAGCCAAUUAUUCGGUAGUUAUGUGAGACCGCCAAUCGAAUGGCAGCAGCCCAUGGAGGGUGCUUACCUGCCAGACGAAUUUGGCAGUCCGUAUUUGCUACUUUCCGAGGACGAGGUGAAUGAAAUGGCAAAGAGGCAACGAGGACCUACCUGUCACAAUGUGCUGCGCGAACCACGUCUGAAACUCGACGCAGCCGAUGUUCAACGUAUGGUACGUGGCAUACGGCUUAGCAUUUGCGUCGAGCACACCCACUUCCCACUGAUUACCAAAGUCUCGAAGAGUCUGGGCCUCACCCAUGUGCCAGAGCAUCGACUGUGGAAUGUUCAAUGGUGCGACAAUACGCCCCAUUUCGAUCUACUGAAGAGCAUGAAACGAUUUCAGCAAAUCAAUCAUUUCCCCGGCAUGAUCGAGAUAUGUCGCAAGGACUUACUCUCACGCAAUCUGAAUCGCAUGCUCAAAAUGUUUCCAGGCGAUUAUCGAAUCUUUCCCAAGACCUGGCUACUGCCCACAGAUACCUAUGACGUGUCUGUCUAUGCUAGCAAGCACCGGCGUACGUUUAUACUCAAACCCUAUUCGUCGGGCCAGGGGCGUGGCAUUUGGCUAACCAAUAAUCUGCGUACGGUGCGUAGGAACGAGAAGUUGAUCUGUCAGACGUACGUUGAGAAGCCUCUGCUCAUCGAUGGCUUUAAAUUUGACUUGCGUGUCUAUACGCUCAUCACAUCGGUGGAUCCGCUGCGCAUCUUUGUCUACAACGAGGGACUGGCUCGCUUUGCGACACACAAAUAUAAACCACCUGCUUUGGGCAACAGCAACAAUAUGUUCAUGCACCUGACCAACUAUUGUGUAAAUCGCCGCAAUUGCAAUUAUGAUGCAGGCAGUGGCAAUGAUAAGGGAUCCAAACGGAAACUGAGUGCCUACAACAAGUGGCUCGUCGAACACAAUUACAACGUCGGAGAGUUCUGGGCGACGGUGGACGAUGCGAUUAUUAAGACCGUGAUCAGUGCGUGGCCCGUGCUGAAGCACAACUAUCAUUUGUGCUUCCCAAAGCACGAUAAGAUACAGGCCUGCUUUCAACUAUUGGGCUUUGAUAUACUCGUCGACUGGAAGCUCAAGCCGUACAUACUGGAGGUGAAUCAUACGCCCAGUUUGGCGUGCGGGGAACCCGUUGAUAAUGAAGUAAAACGUCCAUUGAUACGCGAUACAUUGAAUUUAAUCAGCAUGCCUUUGGUGGAUAAGGAGGAGAUUAUACGGGAGGAUCGAGCCUUGCUCCGCGAUCGUUUGAUGAGACAGCUGAAUCGACGCCGUGUGCCUAGUCCUAACAAAGAUGCGCAAGCUGGAGGUGAAUCGAAUCAGGCGUGCCCUCUGGGCGCCCUGGCCCUGCAGAUCGCUUGGGAGGAGAGCCACUUGGGCAACUACAGGCGUAUAAUGCCGCCUACAGACAGCGAUCGGAUCGGUUACUAUUUCAAAUUCUACAAUCAAUGCGAGACGUUCCCAACGUUAAAGGUUAAAGUUACCAGGAAAUGUGAUCCUUGGAAGCAAGAACAACUGCCGGAGCAAUUAUAUGCCAAACAGUGCCAACUGAAUAAAGUGCAGCAGCGCAAUGAGAGUACGAAACAGGCAUUGUUUCUGAGUAGUCGAAGCAAUUUCAAAGAUAUGGUCAAACAGAAGCGUAUACAAACUCUGGCCAUAAUUAAGGAUAUACACUUGCAAAAGUCCAAAAUGUUAAAGCAAAAACAGGGCAAAGAGACGGUGGGCAUAUGGCAGAUGCUGAAUACGCGGCAAAAGGAAGUUGCAAAUCAUGGGAAUCUAGAGAACUCGAGGAAAUCUUGGAAGCUGCCAUCGAGGCCCUCUUCGCCGCUAUCCUCGAGGCAAACGCCGAAGCUGUGCAGCAAGCUAACGAAUUCCGAGGACUCAACAGAUACAAGCGAAACCACAUGGAGCACGGCUACGUCAAAGCACAUGCGAGAGAGCUGGCCCGCCCGUACCAAAUGCAACUUGCCCAUUAUCAGGUCAAAGCGACGCGCUAAGAAUCGCCGACUUCAGCGUCGAAUAAGACGAGCCCGUCGUCUGGAGCGUGAAUCCCGGCUAGAUGCCGAAUUCUUGAUUAAGCAUGGUAUAUCAGCGUCUACGCGUCUGCAGGCGGGCUGCUCCAAGAAUGUAAUAUCCGCUCCGCAAAUAAACAGUGCUGUGCAAUUCAGUCAACAGCAGAUGCAGUUGACCAAGUAUGAAUCCCAGCUCAUUACCCACAUCCGUGACCUCGUCAAGAAAAAGUCAUACAAACAGCCGCUAAGCAUCAACAAAAUAGUCAAUAAAGUGAACAGCAUAUCAAACAUAGAUUGGCUGCCCCAGCCUACAACCGACGAAGAUAAUCAGCUACAAUGCGAUUGGCGAUCACAACGGGAAGUAGCUGUCAAUGACAACAAGUUUAGGGAGGUGCUAUUCUAUGAAAUGUACAAGCGAGGUGAUCUAACCAAAAAUGAUAUUAGAAUGUAUCCAAAUCUUCUGUAUAGCACACUGAGCAAUCAAAUUAACAAUAAAAACAAAUAUUGUCGUUAUAAUAAUGAUAAAGAUACGGAUGAGAACAAGGAAAGUAUAUUGGCGGCAAUGAACUAAAUGAAGCAUAUUCUAGAAAUUGCGUUUUAAUGACAAAAAUCGAAGCAAUAAAAAACAGAGAAUUGAUCUGCAUUGAAAUGUAAUUUCCGAAUCUUCUUCUUUAUCGCAAAGAACCGAGCACCAACACUAACAAAGAAGUAUUGAUCAAGUACCCUCAUUCAGUCAACCGAAGGCUUUUAAAUAAACUUAAAUUUUAAGUGUAAGUUGGCAAAAGCUUGAAAUUGUAUCAAAAAAUAUGGAUUUGAUAAAAAGCCCUUAAAACCAAACCAGCAUGAAAAUC